UGUCUGUAGAUUCAACAGAUAAUAAAUACGUAACUUACAGAUCUGAGAUCUUGUUUAGGCCCAUUAAACCUUUUGGGAUAGUAUUUCUGAAAUUAUCAAUUCAGGACACAUUUGGCUUGUCUUUAUCCUGAAUAGGGAUGAUUACCAAAGGUCUCCUCCCCCAAAUGUCACGUUUGGAGAGCUGGGUACUAGUGGCCAUAGCAGACAGUCCCUUACAUACUCUAUGUGGUACUGAGCCUGGAGUUUUAUCUCCAUGUGGGGUGAAGGUAAGAAAUAGAGGUUCAUAAGGUGAUAUACUUCCAGCAACCCCCAGUGUUAGUUGUCAGAUGGCUCUGAUCCUUUUCUCUAUAGUGGAAGGCAGUAGCAGCUUGCUGGGAGGUCAGGAUGGGUACGCUUGGCCCAGUACCUUCUUAUCCCUUUCUCCUCUUCAGUGAGCUCUAUCACUUCUCCCCUUUGAUGCUUGAUGAUUUGUCUGUCUCUGUCUGUCUCUCCCUGUCUCUGUCUCUCUCUCCCCCUCUCUCCCCCUCUCCUUUCUCCCACUCCCUCCAGCAUCUUAAUAUGUACUCCUGGCUGACCUGGAACUCUCUAUAGACCAUUCUGGCCGUGAACUCUCAGAGAUCUUCCUGCCUCUGCCUCCCAAAUACUAGAAUUAAUGGCAAGCGCCACCGCACAGGGCUUUCCCUUUUCUCUUUCUGACCCCUCACCUGUCUGAGCUCUUCCUGCAUCCUCCCAGCCCUCCCAGAUCUAUGUCCUCACUUGCGGGGGUUCUCCGGUUCAGGCCACUCACCUAUCUGCUCCCAACCUGUUUUUCUGUUUUCACCUGUCUGCAUUCUGAACCCCUCUGCAUCCUUCAUUCCCUUGGUCAGUCACCCCUGUCCUCCCUUGCUCUCUGUUGCUCCUUUCCUGCCUGCCCAGUCACAAUCGCCCCCGGACGUCAGGUCAGCGUGUGCUGCUUCAGGCUCAGGACCCAUUAGGCAGGCAGCCCAGUCCCGCCUGUGGCCCGCAGCCCGAGGGAGCCGGUGGGUGUGCUGGGCGCCUUCUUGCACAGUUCUGCAUGUCCCGAGGCUAGCGAGCAGUGGCCAUGGGCACACGCGGACCCUAUGCGCUGGUGGACACCACGCCGGCCAAGACCAUCUUGGUGUACCGCAACGGGGACCAGUUCUAUGUGGGGCGUAAGUUCGUGUUCUCCCGGCGCCGCGUAGCUAACUUCGAGGCUCUGCUGGAGCAGCUGACCGAGCAGGUGGAGGUGCCCUUUGGUGUGCGGCGACUCUACACGCCCACUUAUGGCCACCGGGUGCUCGAACUGGAGUCGCUGCAGACCGGUGGCAAGUACGUGGCUGCCGGCCGGGAGCGCUUCAAGAAGCUGGACUAUAUUCAUAUAGUUCCCAGAAAACCUACAAAGAUGAGAAAGUUGAAGGAAAUCAAGCCGGUGGUACAUUGUGAUAUCAACGUGCCUUCCAGGUGGCAAACACAGAGCAGGACAUCCCGAUACAUAAAUGUGUUCACAAAUGGAAGAUUAUUUAUCCCUCCUAUAAAAAUUAUUAUACCCAAAUUCAGCCUGUCGGAUUGGAAUAGUGUGCUGGCCAUGAUUGGAGAAAAAGUCUUCCCUCUAGGAGGAGUUCGAAAAUUGUUUACAAUGGACGGACAUCUUUUGGAUGACUCAAAGAAUUUGCAAGACAAUUAUUUUUAUGUUGCUGCAGGACUGGAGUCUUUCAAAUCCAUUCCUUACUGGAAGUCCUCAUGGGUCCCCAGUGAGGUCCAGCAGAGGUUUGGAAGGAAUGAUAAAUACACACAAACCAAGAAAAGAGUGGAGUACAAAGGAAAAGAACCUCUUCAAAGUGACAGUGUACCACCUAAAAUUCAGGAUUCUGUUUAUUAUGCCAAAGAGAAAAAGCAGAUGGAUACAGAACCUUUAAUUGAAAGUGGUGCAGAAGGUGAUGUAUAUAAAGCACAGACUCCUGCCAAGGAGGCCCAAGAAGCACUGGAAGUCAAGGAAGACCCAGAUAUGAAGGUGGAGUUGCCAGUUGAUCAGGCACCGGCUGAAAUUGUUAAAGAAAUCGAUGAGAUAGGCAGUGGCAGCCCUGGCCUUGAAAGCGGCAUGUCUAUUCCAAAGACAGUUUCAGCCACCACACAGUCCGUCCUGGAAGCAGACUCCCUCUCCUCUGACUCCUCCAGUUUCGAGGAUCAGCGCUAAGCCUUUGACAGCCUCAGCCUGAAGGAGCUUUUCAGAUGAAUUUGUUAGGAUUGAGACCCUCCUUAGGCCCAGGAGUUGUGGACAAGUGUGUUCAUUUUGUUAUAUGUGUAAAAUAAAAAUAAAAAAAAAACCUAUAGAGCCAUGUGUCCGUGUGAGAGUUCUUCCUCCUGAGGACCCUGGAAUAGGUGUAGUGUGCAGUCACCCACCGCCCUGACAACUGUGCUCAGUACUGUCCCCAUCAUCAAAGCGGAAAGUUACUAACAUUCACGGAUGGGAAAAGCCCUUCUGUGAAGUAAAAAUGAAAUGGGUACUUUGUCCUUUCACAUGCUCCAACUUGUCUUCAUUGAAGGUGACUUUAAUUACACUGGGUGAGUACUAUUGCGCUCAGGUGGACUGGAAUACUCCCCAGCUUUACAAAUCACAUUUAUUCGUGCUUUUGUUUACUUACUUGUUACGUGAGGAAGUACUGUGGUGCACAUGUGGAGGUUGUGUGACAGCUUGCAUGAGUCAGUUCUCUCCGCCCAGUCUGUACACCCUGGAAAUAGAGGUCAGACCAUCAGGUUGGUGGGGAGCACCUUGAGCAGUUGCACCAUCUCACUAGCCCUGCUCUCCAGCUCGCAGUGUCCUGAUCUGUGCAGCACCACUGUUAAUAACUUGUACAGAAGCAAUGCUUUACAAGUCUGUACUACCUGAUCAUUCUGUAAAACCAGAUGUAAAGAUUUUGGAAACAUGAAUUUCCUUUUGAAAUAGAGAAGAAAAGUCUGAUUGGCAGUAUAUGCCCAGACAACAUGAUUAGGACUCUGUGGAGAAAGCCUGCAUUCCCCACCCCUCUCCAGUGGGGUCUGCAGGCCAGCUCUGUAGGGUGCCACAGAGAAAGCCUUCCACUUGGAAAUGCUAAAUUUUAUGGGACUCCAAACGUUUCCUGACAUUGAGUUGCCAAUCUUUAAUUUUUUUUUUUAAGUUUUACCUACCUUGGAGAUCCUAUAUGAAAAUUUCAGGGGCUGGAGGAAUAACUUAAAAUGUCUGCUCUGAAAGCACAAGGACUUGAGUUUAGAUCCCCAGCACCUACAUAGACACAGAGAAUGAUGGUGUGCACACUUGUCCUCGGUGAAUGUAGUGAGCGUGUGGGGUGCGGUGUGGAGCCAGGCAGAGUCUCGACGCUUCCUGGUAAAUCAUCCUAGUAAAAUAGAUGAGCCCCAGGUUUGGGAAGAUCCUGUCUUAGAAAAUAAGGUUGAGAGAAAUCUAGGAAGAUACCUUACAUUGACCUAUUGAUCUCUGAUAUUUAUAUGCAUGAGUAAACAUGUAUGUAUACCUGCACAUACCCACACAAACAUGCAUACAUUAAAACACACACACACACACACACACACACACACACACACACACACUCCCCUCUGAGAGGGAGCAUAGGAAGAACUGACUUUAAAUUUUAGAUGAUGAGAUUCUCUCUCCCCAAACACAGACUUUGUAACUUCUUGCUCAUGUUGUACUGUACAAGCUGUCUGUCCUGUCCUCUGUCAGUCCAGUUUUGACACCCUCCAUAGGUGUCUGCCAUCUUCCUAUGUUCUCCAGGUUCCCCCAUGAAGGUUGCUCUCUGCUAGUCCAGCCUUCACACCCAUCAUUGCUCCCUGCAGAGUCUGCCUUCUUUUCUCGGCUCUCUGGAUUCCCUGUGUGUGUCUCCAUGGCUCUCCAGCUAUUUACUCUUCUCAUGCCAUCCGGUCAGUCUAGCCCUUACUAGAGUUAUCUAUAUACCUGAGCUGGGCUCUAGUCAUGUCCUUGUCAUCUUCAGCACUCCUCCCAUUCCCAGGCAUGCAGAACUAACUGAUCUUGAAUCUGAUGGAGAACUUGGCAGACACCAAGUAAACUUUGAGCAGCCAGGAAAGCGGCGUGGGGCCAGUUAAAGGCAGAGUGCACUACAAUCAGGUGUUGGUCUCAAAAUUCUCUAUCACGUGUAAGGAAUGAUCAUCCCCAAAGACAUAAUGGUUUUCUAAAUGGAAAACCAGUCUUUUGUCUUUGCAAAAAAAUUAAUGAAGUUAAAACUCAACCAAAGCAAAUAAGAAAGUACUUGUGAUGUGAAUCAAUGUUUCUUAAUUUGGAAAAGCUCCUAAUGUCAUGAAUACAGUCCCAGCCCAAUAAUAGAAGGCAGAUGAGAAAAGUAGGAAGCUCGCUGAAAUGACAGCUCAAGUUCUAAUCUCCAUGUCCCAGUCCUAUUUAAGGAAGAGUGAGUAGGCAAUGUGGUGUUUGCUACUUGACCCAGGUCGAUAAUGCCCAGUGCUUAAUAAUAAUUUCUUAUAGAGUGUCCUUGCAGAGAGCUGACAAUAUUUGUGUAAAUAUAGAGACAGAAAAGCUGUAGUACUUUUUAGGUUGGCUUGUGAAUUGGUGCAGACUUUUAAAGAUUAUAUUAUAAAGGUUAAAUUAUGUAUAUGUGCAUAUUUGCAUAUGGGUUUGUACACAUGUGUAUGGUGCUCAUGAAGAGCAGAAGAGGGCACCAGAUCCUCUGGAGCAGGAGUUACACACAGUUGUGAGUAUCCCAACAUGGGUGUUGGGAACCAAAUUCUGGUCCUUUACAAGAGCAGCAAGCACUCUUAAACCCAGAGACAUCUCUCCAGCCCGUUGGUGAAGCCUUUCAGAAGUGGAAUUUUGCUUUUUAUUAGAAUUAAAUCCACACAGUCUUUCCAAGCUACCAAAAUGAUUACUAGGAAUUGCCCACAAGUAUAGUAGUUGAUAACAAGUGGUAGAGACAAAUGUGACAUUCACUCAUGUAAUUUGUGACUCUGCCAUAGAAGGAACAGAAGAGCAGUUGACAGUGAAAACUGUCAGUUGAUCUGGACGUAUGGGAGGGUGGAACUUCUCAGAGGUUAAUUAAGCAAAACCAAACCAAAGUGCAACAGAAUAGAAGGCUGUUACCUUCUUGGGGCUGUGACCAUGUGCUGGUAGAAAAACACAUGGAAGGAAGACGUUGGUGAAUCCUGCUUUCGGAGACUCUCCGCCCAUUAUGGCCUUGAAGGCAGAGCACAGUUCACAGUGGUGGGAGCACAUCGCAUGUCAGGAAGAGGAUAUAAAACUGGAACCAAGGCAGUGUGUAACCUUCUCACGUGGCCCAGUUCCUCUACAUCUAAUCUGCUAAAGCUGCCAUGGCCUCUCUAGGCAGCCACAGCAACUGGGGAGCACAUCUUCAAAACAUGAGCCUGUGGACACACUCAAACCCCACAAAACAUUUAACAAGCCAAACAUAAAAAAGUGUUUAGAAAGGGAAAAGCAUAUGCUGAGGGAAAAGGGAGGAGGAAUUAGGAAGAACAGGGCAAGCAGAUAGCAGCCUGGAGCAGGACUUAGCAUGAAAACUUGUAUUUUUGAUGAGGAAGAAUUUGAGCUGAGAACGGGAGAAAAGCCAGGGGAGGCUAAAAAUUUAUUUAUGGUACCUUUCUUCAGAUACUU